UGGUGUCAGUGUGCUAUAUGUCAUUCUACAAAAAUGGCUCGUUUAUUCCUCAUACUUACAGUAAUAAGUGGUGUCAUGGUUUUCAUCGACAAUGUCAGUACAAACGAUGCCGAGUUUGGCCGGAUUAUCACGUUUGACAAUUUCGAUCAUUUCAAAGCAUCGAUGGACAAGAAAUACCACCAUAAUCACAUGGAGAAGCGGGCUCGUACGGCUUAUGACAAAAAUAUGCAGCGAAUAGUAAAGCAUAAUGAGGAGGCGCGAAAAGGGAAAUAUUCGUUUGAAAUACGUGCCAAUAAUAUGGCCGAUAUGACACGUGAGGCAUACCUAAGGCGAUUUAUUCGACUGAAGCAGGACAUUCAUCCGGAAAGUGUGGCUCUGAAUGAAGCUCACGAACGUAUUGAUGCCCAAGACCACGAAGCAUUGCUUGGAUCAGUGCACCAUGAACAUGUUAACGAAGCUUUUAUUCCUGAUGCAUUGGACUGGCGCGAAUUGGGCUUCAAAACAAAACCACUCAAUCAAAGGACCUGUGGUAGCUGCUAUGCAUUUUCGUUAGCGACCAGCAUUGCAGGCCAAGUUUUUCGGCGAACGGGAAAAGUUGUGGAAUUGAGUCCACAGCAAAUUGUCGAUUGCAGCAUAUCAAUGGGUAACAGCGGAUGUACGGGCGGCUCACUUCGAACCACACUGAGGUAUUUACAAUCGUCAAGAGGCCUAAUGCGUGACGUCGACUAUUCGUACGAAUCGGAGCAACAAAAUUGUCAGUACAAACCAUCAUUGGCGGUGGUCAAUGUGACGCGAUGGGCUAUUCUACCGCAUAAAAACGAGGAAGCGAUGAAAAAAGCGAUAGCACUGGUGGGUCCAAUCCCAAUAUCGAUCAAUGCACAUCCAUACUCAUUUCAACUUUAUUCGCACGGAAUUUAUGAGGAUUCUGAAUGCCACGAUAAAUCGGUGAACCAUGCCAUGCUUGCCGUUGGCUACACACCAGACUAUUUUAUCCUUCAAAAUUGGUGGGGCGAUAAAUGGGGCGAGAAUGGUUAUAUGAAAAUCAGACGAGGUGUCAACAUGUGUGGCAUAUCAAAUUACGCUGCAUACGCUUUAGUAUAGCGUUUCGCUUCAAAAAUUCCAAUAUUUUGUUCCAAACGACUCCGAUGAGCAUGAUGGCUAGAAAUAAAAUAAUGAAACAGCGUUUUGUCAUCCAUGAUGUUUUUCACCCAAACGGAGAUUUCGACUGAUAGUUUAGAAUUAGAAAUGAUUUGCUUGAAUUCGAAGUAAAUCAAUUUAAAACAGAAUUCAAUGAGAAAACAAAGUAAAUUUAGUAAAAUCACUAACAAAGAAUUUCAUGUAAAAUUAAACUAAGAGUGUAAUGUAAAGAAAUUAAAUGGAAAAAAA